UCUAUACACUUUUAAAUUUAUUUUAUGAUUUCUGUUUUGCUCCAGACCUGUAGAUGGCAGUGAAAUGUCAGCAAAUGUUGCCCAUGAGCAGCGGGUUUAUGUUUUGAUUAUGGUGGCGACAUGUUUUGCUGUUGUUAAUUAAAAGUUGUAUUUUAUUUUGAUUGGACGUAUCAUAUAUCCACACAUCUGCCCCUUGUGUUGUAGUAAAGAUGGACACGGACGAGGAGGGAGACAACGACUGGGAUCGCAGUUUAGAGUCAGACAUGCUGGAGACAGAAGGAUGUUCCACUGACAGAGUUACAUCUGUAUCUCAGAGAGUGGUCCUGCACUUUGACCUGGACUGCUUCUAUGCACAAGUUGAGAUGAUCCGAAAUCCAGCCCUCCGGACCAAACCUCUUGGGAUACAGCAGAAAUACAUUAUUGUGACAUGUAAUUAUGUGGCAAGAGAGCAUGGCGUAAAUAAACUGAUGUCAGUGACUGAUGCAGUGGAGAAAUGCCCUCAGCUGGUGCUAGUGAAAGGAGAAGAUCUCACUCAUUACAGAGAGAUGUCCUACAAAGUCACUGAAUUGCUGAUGUCCCACUGCCCUCUAGUGGAGAGGCUGGGCUUUGACGAAAACUUCAUGGACGUUACAGAAAUGGUGGAGAGUAGACUGAAGGAAACCAAUAUUUCAGAUCUCUCCUUCAUUGGACACAUAUACAAACAUGAAUCUAUGGCAGUUGAUGAGGAGAACGCCCGGCUGGCUGUGGGAUCUGUGAUAGCAGCUGAGAUGAGGCAGGCCAUCUUCAGGACGCUGGGACUGACCGGCUGUGCUGGCAUCGCUAACAACAAACUCUUAGCCAAACUAGUGUCUGGAACCUUUAAACCAAACCAGCAAACCACCCUCCUGCCUUACAGUACCGCCGAGCUCAUGAGCAGCCUCACAGGACUCAUCAAAGUGCCUGGUAAGAUGACGCAUAAUCUCUGCAGUACUGUUUAUAUUCUGUACACAUUGUCUGUGUUUACAGGGAUCGGUUACAAGACACGGGAGAAGCUCAAGGCUUUGGGUCUGGUCAGUGUGAGAGAUCUACAGUUAUAUCCUCUGCCUGACCUGGUGAAGGAGUUUGGCGAAGUGGCCGCUAAAAGGAUUCAAAACCUCGCCUGUGGCAUCGAUGACUCUCCAUUCACGCCAGCGGGUCCUCCUCAGUCUCUCAGCGAUGAGGACUCAUUCAAGAAAAUUUCCACACUAGAGGAAGUUCAAAAGAAAACUGAGGAACUACUCACCAACCUUACUGAGAGGAUGCACAAAGAUGGCAGGCAGCCACACACAUUCAGACUAACGAUUCGCCGAUACACAGUCACCAAUCGCUGGUUCAAUCGAGAGAGCCGACAGUGUCCUAUACCCAACCACACUGGGCUCAAGAUCACAUGCGGAAGCUGUGAGGCUGUGCCCCAGUUACUGUCACUGUCAAUGAAGCUCUUCCAUAAAAUGGUGGACAUGCGUGAGCCGUUCCAUCUGACCCUGCUGAAUGUGUGUUUUAGUAACCUGCAGGCUAAAAGCUCCAGCAAGAGCUCCAUCGCCUCUUUCUUCACACAGAAAUCUCCUACAACACAAAUGAAGUGUCCACAGCAGGUGGAACCUGAUAUCUGUGAGCCUGCUGCAAAUUUCCAGUUCACUCAAGCAGAUGUUUUAUAUAAAGAAGAUAAAACAUGGAACAGCAUGAAACACACAGCGAUAUCGCUAACUCAAGAAUUACAAACACAGCCACCCUUAAUCAACACCAAAUCUCCCAGACAGCCUGUUUCAGAGCACUCACGAGUUACAAACAUGACCACCAGAGAGUCUUGUACGAGCUACGUUCCUGAGAAAACAGUGUGUUCCAAGCUGCCUCGAGGCGUCGAUCCAGAAGUAUUCAAACUCCUACCUGAACACAUUCAGAUGGAGCUGAUUUCCAGUUUUCAAAACGAAGACUCUGCACAGCUCAAUUACGGAGCCGCUGACACAUCUUCUGAGGAUGUUGACCCAGCAGCUCAUUCCACGUUGGCUUUUAAACAACCAACAACAGAACACUGCGAGUCAGCACUGAAUUAUAACAGAAAUCCUGCAUCUCAUAACCAUGUGCUCAGCAAGACUUUGUCAUCCACUCAGUCCACCAUGGAAUUAAAUCCUGGACUCGUCAAAGCCACAGAAAGCCAUGAUAUCCCGGCCGCCACUCAGGCACCUCAAUCAGAUGUCCCUGCAAAUGUGGACCCUUAUGUAUUCUCACAACUUCCUGCUGACGUGCAAAAGGAGUUACUGACUGAGUGGAGACAACAGAAGCCGGUCCUAAAAAUCCCAUCUAAACAGUCACAUAAAACCUCCAAUACCAAAGACAAGAAGAGUGCAGCUAAAGGCAGCCAGUGUACUAACAACAUACUGAAAUACUUCAAACCCAACUGAGAAACACUUAAGUGCCUGUUUAUAAAGCCAGAAUGUUUUUUUUUUUUUUUUUUUUUUAAAUAUGUAUCCUUGUAAAUCAGCCUUCGUAGAGUCGUCGUUCACAGAAAAAUGUUAAUUCUGUCAUUUACUAACCUUAAUGUCAAACCUGUAUGACUGACUGACUUUCUUGUAUUGAUCACAAAAAGGGAUGCUGGGAAACAAGGUCAUCCUGGUUUGGAACAAUUAGGGUGAGUAAAUCACCACCGAAUUUUAAGAUAUGUAUUAUUUUGAUAAUAAACCAUAUACACCUUUAAAUAUUCAUGAUGUUAUU